AUGCUCGUUCGAACAAGGCAAGACUGCAGAUACGAUUUUGCCUUUUAUGCGAAUGACGCUUUGGAGAACGUAGACCUGAGGAAGGAUAUCCACUUCACCAUUUUCGAUGCAUGCGAAGAAUUAGCAGAUAGGAACAAAUUUGAGAGGGCCCAAAAAAUGCUCACUAAAAUUUAUGCGUCUAUAGAAGAGACCUCCUCGAAAUAUGCCUUCCCGUACAACAAGGGACACAUCACAUUGAGCAAAUUUGUGCUGACCCAUUACACAUGUUUUAAAAACUUUUUAUUUAUCAUAAAGGAGAAGCAUUACGUGGAUGAUUACCUAAUUGAUUUGUAUAAUGUGUCCCUCUCGUGGGGAUACUCGAAGGUAAUUUUCCUCACCUUUCUUUUGAACUACUCUUACACAUUUCAAUCGAAGCUAAGUGUCUACGAUCAGGCGACCAUUUUGCUUCUUUGCCUACUGCUCACAAAUGUGUUGAGAAAGCAAUCCAAUAAGGUGUGCGAAAGGGUUGGCGGGAAAAAAAAAGGCAGCUUUGUGUACGUGCAGGAAAGGAUACUAUCAAUUAAGGAGCUGCUAAGUGGGAACUCUAAAGGGAGAGGGGGGGUGAAGACGAAAGAGAAGAAGGAAAAUACGAAUAAUAGGGAGGAUACGAAUAAUAGGGAGAAUGCGGAGAAUGGAGCCAAUGCGGAGAAGCGCCCCGGGUUGUCCAUACUGAACUUCCUCCCCCUCAGCAACGAAGAAUGCGAAAAUUUGUUUUUAUUUAAAGCCUACAAUGAGAAUAGAAAGAAGUAUGUAAAAUGCCAUGAGGACGCCUUUCCCAACUUUGAAGCAGACAACGAGCAUCUGCAGUUGCGCGAUCAGCUGUACGACUACGAGGGGAAGUUCUUCCGCAAUUUUGAAAGAAACUUGCAAAUUGUUAAGCACCUGUGUGUGAGUAAAAAGACAACAAACGAUCUGAAAUUGAAAGUAUUGUAUCUGCUGAACCUGUCAACGAGGGAUAAAAUUUCCGUACAGUUUAACCAACUGAGCAUACCUCGGAUAAAACACAUUUUAAAAAAAAUCAGGACCAACAGAAAUAAAAAUACCGUGGUGCAUGUGCACAGCGUCACUAAAAUGGGGGUUCCCCCAUGUGGGGUAACAACAGAACGGCAGCUAAAACGGGUAGGUCACUUUUGCAGAAAGGGGGAAGCACCCAGUGGUGAACAUGUGACGAACGUGACGAGUGCGAAUUACGUGGGGGGUACGCAAAAGGGCCUUCUGCCACAGCCCACCCAGGGAAGAAGCCCUUAUGGGAGCAGCAGCAUGCUGGCGAGGAACCCCACUGGAGAGCUCGCUGACGCGCAUCAACUCUACACGUAUGGCAAAAGAAAGGAAGCCAUAUACUCAGAAUGUGUUGAUACAAACCCUAAUCGAGGAAAGGACAUCGGAAAGGAGAAACAAAAGAAAAAUGACUCACUUGAUGAAAAUUUCAUUUUCAGGGUAAAGAGUCACAAAAGACUCACAAGCCAUGAAGACAACAUAACCAUUUUGGUGAGCAUUUUUAUAUGUAUAAAUAAUUUAAUUAACAAUUUUGACGUGCUCACAGCGCAGCGGAUAGUAGACAAGUUUUCCAUUUUGAGCAUAUACAAGGAAAUAAAGAAGGGUGAAAGGAUGAUGCUAAAAAGGGGAGCACCUUGGAAAGAGUCAUCUCGACAGAACGUAAAAAAGGGGACCAACAUGCGUAGAAGUGACCUAAUUUGCGAUGCCAAACAAGAGAAGGGGAGCACAAAUAUGCACAGGGGAGAGGGACCAACGGGGACGGAGCCGCGAUCCAUUUUUGACGCAUGUCUAAGUGAUCGAAACGAUGAGAAGUGGCCCCCCCAUUAUGACCCCUUUAGAAAAAUAAGAAAUUAUUCCCUCUUUAAUAAAAACGAAAUUGAUGCGAAAAAAAAUCUGGAAACAAAAUUAAACAUGAAAAAUGACAAGUCCCAUCUGCAGAUUGACGACAUUUAUAAGUACAUUCACUACAAUUCGGUUUAUGCGCUAGUUAUAUAUUACUGCUUAUGUAGUGACCCCCAAUCGGGGGGAGACCUAACGAAAUUAUUAUCCCCCAAGAGGGGAAGAAGAACUUCCACGCGGUUGGAACACCUCUUCGAAAGAGCCCCAAAAAAAUGCAGUUGUGAUGUUUAUGCAUUUAUUCUAAGGGCGGAAUUACUACUUACAGUUAAAAGACGAAUAUGUGGAAUGAGUGGGUUCAUAGCAAGAGCGGUAUCGCAUAGACCAAAUGGGGACCCCCCCCUGUUAACACUAUACUUUUACCUUCUAAAGAAUUCAUUUAACCUAAACGGAACGCAGUCGUUCGAUGCGUCCGUGGGAUUGAAAUUUACGUACUUAUUUAAAAGCAAAAUGGAUGCCCUUGCUAGAAAUUUACUGGUUUAUCACAAUUUUAUUUUGCUCCUUUUAAGUAGCUUCCACAAGUACAGUUUGCGCGAGCGAAUAGACGAAAGCGGCGUCACUGGCAGUGACAAUGUGGCUACCUCUCUGCAGAGGUGCACCCGGGGAGGGGAAAAAGAAAAAAGGGGGCACUCGCAUUCGCAGAAUGGCUCCCCCAAGGAUGACACCACGAAGCGGCGUUGCGCGGAUAGAAUUUUCCUCUACCACGAAUGCUCCCAGGAGUUCCUCAGUGCGUACACAAAUUUGGUAUUGACCAAUUCGUGCAACUGGCUAUGUGGGAGGCGCUACUUUAGGUGCCUGCUUGAUGUCUACUUCUACCUGUUGCGCGUGAUGAUAAGGAAUGGGCGCAAAGGGGAAGGGCCACGGAGUAGGCGCAAACGAGGAUUCUACUACCGCCAGGGGGAUAUUCGCAAACUCAUGGGGGGCAUCAAAAAAGGAGAGCCCAAUUUUGCCAACAUGUUAUGUUCCAACCUGAUUGGCUUCUACCGAAAUUAUUGCAUAGUCCUACCCGUAGAAGUUGAAGUAGAGGUGCUUAUCUUUUUAUACAAACUGGCGUGCAAAUUUACGUCCGAGCGGCACAUCAUUUACAUUACAAAUUUGAUCAAAAUGAGAAGGCACACUUAUGUAAGAAGAAGAAAAUGGCACCUCAUUUUUCGGCUUCUCGUAAACAUAAACGAGUAUGACAAAUUAGACUUCCUUUUUAAACUACUCUUUGAAAAUGAUACCAUUUUUGAUUUUUUAAAAUAUAACAGAAAUAUGUUUUUGUCGCUGAAUGUGUACAAUUUCAACUGCGACCUUAGCGUUUCGCUGAAUAGUAGCUGCUUACUGUACAACCAAACAUUGUGCAAGUUAGGUCUCCCGCGUGGAGGGGUAGAUGCCCGCUCGGGUGGUGAUGCGGCUCCGAGUAGAGGCAUCCUUCGGAGACGCAAAAAUGGUCAGGCGAAUGAGAGCAGCGGGGGUAGUAGCGGCGGUGGUAGUGGUGGUAGCGGUGGUAGCGGCGGUAGCAGUGCCGGUAACCGCGCCAGUAACCGCGCCAGUAGUCCCGCUCUGCAACGCAGCGGGAAAACGCCAAAUGAAAAACUUUUGCGCCUACUCAAUGCCGUGCACCAAUUGUACAGAAAAGAAAAACGGGAGAGAAAGAGCGCAGAGAAAAAACAAGUAAACAUUACGUACAAUUUUAAAGGGUUAAAAUUUUCAGAUUUGAUAAACUUUUACGAAGAGAAUUACGUCAAAGCAUUUGAAAAGAGCAAGAUGGUCCCCUCCUCUUCUCCCUUUAUAUUUUAUGAUGACCAUUUGUUUGUCUACAUACUGUCCUUCUACGUGGUGCACUACUGCAAAGAGUUUUCCAAGUGCGACAUGGAAAUGUUAGCAAAGGUUUAUAAAAAAGUGGGACUGAAGCAUGAGCUGUACGAACUGCUCAGUCGGGAAGCGGACAGCUGUGUGAAAAGUUUAAAGGGAGAUAAAGACGUGUUUGACCUACGACACAUUCGUACAAUAAUCGUUUGCAUAAAUCUGCUACACCAUUGCGCUCUCAUAUUACUAGAAAUGGACAAUUUGUACGAAUACCAAACGAACUUGAACGAUAUUUACCUCCUAAUUUUGCAACUCAAAUAUGUGUAUUUGCACAAUAAGCUACAUUUACAGCAACGGAGAAGCAGCAAUUUUUUAGCCUAUUUCGACAAGUGCAUUGUUUUCAACAAUUUGGGGCGUAAAAAAUUGUACGAAAAAAACUUUGAAAAGAUGUUUGACCACGUUGUACAGGAGAACAUUCCGAUUGGCAACUACAAAAUAAACUUCCUCAAUUUGGGUCUUGAAGAUUUUAUUUCGCUCGUCGAGCAACACCCGGUGUUUUACGAGACGUUGAUUUUGUUGAAGGCGUAUGAAAAAAAUUACGACGAUCUGGUGUACGCCUUUAUCCCCAAAAUUUUAUACAUUCAGGUCAUCCUUCACGGCAAUAAAAAAUAUUUACGGGACUACUGCUCCUACAGUUGCGUGGACAACAACACCAUCAGAUACGUGGCUAAGCUGUUUCAAAUUAACAGCAUUCACUUAAAAUUUCACAAAAAUUUCCCAACCGAAAAGUAUAAGUAUUUGAGUGCCAAGAACGACGUGCUCACGUUUGAUUUUUCCCGGUACAUUUUAUCCGCCAUAAAUAUACAACCCCAUCGCGCGGGGGAAGCAGAAACAGUCUGGGACUACGCCCAACACGUUCGUUCGCUGAAGCACGUGCUGGGCCAAACAAGCAAUAUCGAUUUGAAAAUGAAGGUUUGCAAAAAGCUCGGACCCGACUUUGAUGACUUGUUUUGUGAAUGCAGGAACAGUUUGAACUUAACGAUGAACUAG